AUACCUAGGAACAAGGUUGCUUUCGCCCAUUUGGCUUUCCCAGAUUUCAAAGGUCGGCAAGUUUGUCCAUCGAAAAGCAGGCAACAUGGCUUCUAACAUCACCAAGGUUCACGCCAGGCAGAUUUACGACAGCCGAGGUAACCCGACUGUGGAGGUUGAGGUCACAACUGGAAAUGGUGUGUUCCGGGCAGCCGUCCCUAGCGGUGCCUCGACCGGUAUCUAUGAGGCUCUGGAACUCCGUGACAAGGAAAAGGGGGUCCAUCAUGGAAAAGGUGUAAACCUGGCUGUCGCCAAUGUCAACAACGUCCUCGGCCCAGCUGUCAUUGGUUGUGACGUGAUCAAGCAAACUGAACUGGACAAUAAGAUGUUGAAAUUGGACGGCACAGACAACAAAGCGAAAUUUGGAGCCAAUGCCAUUCUUGGAAUUUCCCUGGCCGCCUGCAAGGCUGGAGCAGCAGCAAAGGGUGUACCUUUGUACCGUCACAUCGCCGACUUGGCCGGCAAUCCAAAGGUCAUCCUCCCGGUCCCAGCAUUCAACGUUGUAAACGGCGGGAGCCAUGCCGGGAACAAACUUGCCAUGCAGGAAUUCAUGAUCUUGCCAACGGGAGCAUCCUCGUUCAAGGAGGCCAUGCGCAUGGGUACCGAAGUCUAUCAUCAUCUGAAGGCUGUGAUCAAGAGCAAGUACGGUCAGGAUGCCUGCAAUGUUGGGGACGAGGGUGGAUUUGCGCCCAACAUCCAGGACAACAAAGAAGGUCUUGAAUUGAUAAAAGUUGCCAUUGAGAAAGCUGGUUAUACUGGUAAAAUCAAGAUUGGAAUGGAUGUUGCAGCCUCUGAGUUCUGCAAGCCAGGGCCCAAGUACGAUCUUGAUUUCAAGAACCCCAACUCUAAUCAAGCUGAUUGGUUGAGCUCUGAUGAGCUUGGAAAACUUUACCAUGAAUUCAUCAAUGGCUACCCCGUGGUAUCGAUUGAGGAUGCUUUCGACCAGGAUGACUGGUCAGCGUGGUCCAAGCUCACUGGUGAAACUGAUAUUCAGAUUGUAGGAGAUGAUUUGACGGUAACAAACCCAACACGAAUCCAAACAGCUAUUGAGAAGAAGGCGUGUAACUGCUUGCUGCUGAAGGUCAACCAGAUUGGAUCAGUUACCGAAUCAAUUCGGGCCUGCAAGUUGUCCCAGCAGAGCGGAUGGGGCGUGAUGGUGUCGCACAGAAGUGGAGAGACUGAAGAUACAUUCAUUGCUGACCUGGUAGUUGGCCUCUGCACAGGACAGAUCAAGACCGGUGCUCCAUGCCGAUCGGAACGUACUGCCAAGUACAAUCAGAUUCUUCGCAUAGAGGAGGAACUAGGAGCCCAGGCGGUUUACGCCGGAGAGAAUUUCAGAAAACCAUCGGCCUAAUCAAUUACUUAUCAAUAAAACUAGACUGUUGUGAGUGGUAUAGAAUUCAUUUCGCCAUGAACAAUUAUGCUUAUUAGGUUUGAUUAGUGCCAUGGAAUUAGUUAAUUAUUGCUUGGCCCCUUUCUUGUUGGCUAUUUAUGUUCAGCGGUAAGUCAUAUUUUUGGAUAGAAUUUAUUGCAGGUUACAUGUAUGUGCUGCGACACAAACCCAGUUUUGUUGAAAGCAUUUGUAAAAAGUAAAUGAGGUCGACAAAUAUGUGCUUGCAAGGGACAUAAAAAAACUGAUGUAUGAUCAUUUAGGAAGCUGCAUUCAGCCUCCAAAAUCAAAUAGAAACAGCCAAUAUGUUUACAGCUUAUAGUGAAUUCCGUAUACAUGGUAUAGCAAAGCUGUUCUGUAAGACACUUUAUGACCUGUACUCUUGUGUGAUCUGAAUUCGACGACUUUAAAAUCAAAAAAAUUCUUCUUAAAACUGUUUGUGUCGGACCGAAUUCGCUUUAUAAAAGAAACUUUUUGAUGUGUUCAGGCUCUUGGUUUCACAGCUGUAUUUAUUCUGUUGUUGUAAAAACUAAUGAAAUAAACUGUAUCUCUUGGAAAUCCUCUCAGUUGAUCAAAACAUUUCUUGUGUGAUACAUUUGAAAGUUCUUUAGGAGAUCUUUGCAAUGACUUUUGCACUUGAUAUGUCUAGUUGUGAGAAUUUUCCAUAACGUUUCAUCUCUUUCCUUCAAGUGUACUUAAAUUGUACAAAAUUUGUAUAUUGACAAUGAAGAUAUGUUGAAUAUUUGGUAUAUUGUGUUCUAGACAUCACUGGUAUCGGAAACUUUAAUAAGUUUUUGCUAAUACAUGUUAAUCUGUACAUUUGGAAAUAUAUUCAUCUACAUGUAGUUCUUAACUUUGUGCUGUACACCAUUGAUAGCUCAUAAGGAGCUUUUCACACACAAUCGAAUUUGCUUCGUCUUGAAAUUACAAGAAUUCUAAAGAAAAGGUUGUCCCAUCUCUAGUAUUAUGUCAGCAAUAAAAUUGGCUUUCCUUACUCUCAGCAGGUAGAAUUUGAGACAUCCAGGCAACUCGGGUUGCAGAGGGGUGUAACUCUGUCCUCGGGUGUAACUCUGUCCUCGAGAGUUACAUGUACAUGUAUAUAAAACAGUUAAAUGAUAGCAGUGCAUCCUUACUUCUAGUUUUAGGUCCUAGCAACAAGAGUAAAGCAUUUGGCAUUUCCUACCAAAUCAUUUCAGUCGUAGCUUUGGGUCCUGGUAGUAUUCUAGAAUGAAUAUUGUUUAGUGAUUAUUCUAGUUCAUCAUUCAACAAGCGGGUGCUCGGCCAUGUUGGCAGAUUGUUCCUGGAAUAAAAUAUUGUAAGUCAUCUCAAUUCUCAUGUACACAGACCUGCCAACGAGUACCCCUUUGGAGUAGUAAUACUUUAUAAAAAUAAUACUCCUUGUCUACUUGAAAUGGAAAAUGCAUCAGGAGGAUGCUUUGGAUGUUGGUAGAAGUCACUACAAUCCUCCGAAAUUAGGAGAAUGUGGCUGAAAAUAUUCCAAAUUACAGUUGGGGUAUUUUUGAGUUGGCAGGUCUGUGGUUGUGACUGAUAAUAUUGACAGUUCUAAAUGUAAAUGGUAUGAAAAUACAGUGCUAGAUGUUAAUAAAGAUGUGCUAAAACAGA